AUGUCUAGUGGUGACCGUUCAAAGUAUUCUGCCAAUGUUAGUACCGAUUCAGCACUAAGAUUAGCCGAAUUUAUUGAAGAUUGUGAGAAUGAACAGGACGAAAUUUCAACUAGUGAUGAAAAUAUCCAGAAAAUCAAAAACUUUCUUGACGUCAAAUUCAACACCACAUCAAUAGUGCAAAUCCAAUCUUUCUGUGCAACUACAAAUGAUCAUUCUUCAUUGAGUGCGUUAAAUGUCAACUUAGCAACUUUGAUUAAACUAGCAAACAGAUAUCCUCAAUUACAUCAGUCUAUUAAAUUUUUAGUUCUUGAAAUAAUUUCCACCCACAAUGUCAAGGUAUUUUAUAGAUGUUUGUCCAAUGAACAUCCUGGUGUUGCUAACCCUGCGUUGAAGUUGAUCUCUCAAAUUGUUUCUUUCAACAAUGGCGUUUUUGUUGAUGAGUUUUUAGAAAAUUUUGACUUGACGGUAAAAUCUUUCUGUGAUUUGAUGUAUCCUACAAAGGCAACUGCAAAGCUAAGUAAAAAUGGCAAAUCUUUUCUCACAGUAAGACAUAAUAUGGUCACUUUUUGGAUUAACUUAUGCUCAAAUGCAUCACCCUUAACCAGAAUGGAUUUACUAUCCAAUAAUAAGAAAAUCAAUUCCGGUUGGAUCAAAUACAUAACUGAGUUUGACAAUAAUUCGCUGAUCAAAAGAACUCUACAGUUUUUUGAAACGAAAGUUUUGAACGAACCUUCAUUCAGGAAAAUGACUAAGUGCAAAUUAUUAGGCGACUUCACAAUUGGUAAGUUUGUUGAACUAUAUAAAAUUUCUGAUAUCAAAGAUGAAAUUCACAAGUUAUUGUUAAAAAUCACCACAGAUGAAGAAAACGGUCUUUUGUUUCAUGACUACAGAACAUAUUUCCAAAAUGUUCCGUUGGCAUGCUUACCAUCAAAUGCAAAUUUCAAUAACAAUGGUGUCUCAAUCCAAAUAGCUGAUCAGAAAUUCAAAAUCAAUAACAAGAUUAUUUACAAUAUUCUUACCUCAUUAAAACCUUGGUCAGACACGUUGCAUCUGAAAUUGCUGAUUUCCAUAUUAGAGCAUGUUCCUGAGCUGAAUGCUCCUUACAACUAUCACCUAUUACAUAUAAAUGGUACCCACGACCCUAAACUAACCUCUUUUUAUGUGGGUCAAACGUUAUUACUGACUAAAAUAACACAAUUGCCAAUCCCACAGGAUUUCAUUACAUUUACAAAGACGUUUAUUGAUCAAUCUAUCGGAUCACCCCCAUCAAUAGGUAAAUACUAUAGCAUAAAACUAUUGAUGGAGGCAAUUUGCCCAGCACAGUUAAAUAGAUCAUCAUUAACCAAAGGACUAAAGGCCAAAGAGCCACUAAUCAGACACCUAACUACCCAAUUAGUUAUUUCAGUAAUAAAGAAAUUUUCUAAGAUUAAUAAAUUACUUAAGAUCAAUGAAAAUUCAAUUUUCAGCUCAUUUAGCCAAGAAUUAAUGAAAGACUUAAUCAAUUUGAAGCUGCCUGAUCCUAGUGUUUUUGUUGGUUUAACAAAUGAAGUGCUAAAGACUGAGAAGGUCAACAAACUACUAUUGCUUAAUUACAUGAAAACCGCAGAGUAUUAUCAAAAUAUUCUAGAUAUUAACGUUCCGCUUCAAUUAGGGCCAGUCAGCAAGCUAAUUGGUAUUGACAUCGAAGAUCCAAAUUCAAAUAAGGAGAAGCUGUCAGAUGUGGACAUUUUACUUUUCAACUCUUACUUAUCACUAACAGCAAUGCAAUCGAUUUCUAGUCAACAUAAUAAAUGGUGGAAUGUAACCAAAGGUUCAAAGAAUUCAUUAUUUACAAGUAUAGCCAAACUUCCCUACGAUCUACAGUAUCACGAUGAAAAUGAUAAGGAGAAAGCAAACAUUGUUAUUGAUGAUAAUUUACUGCAUAAAGUCGUUGAAGUAUUAUCAAAUUUAGUAGAUGAUCAGCUAGUUUUUGAAGAUUUCAGGCUAAAAAAUAAUAAUAUCUUAUUUUCUCAAACAUGGGCUGUAGUAUUGUCGUUUAUUAACACCUUCAAUUCUUUAUCAACAGAAAAUGUUGAAUCAAUCAGCACUAUUUGUAAGAUUGUUGAUGAAUCAAUUUCUCGGGCAAUCAAAACACCCUACAGAUAUUAUGAUAUUGUUUCAAAAAUUAGCAAAGGCUCAAGAUUGUCGGUUUUCUAUGUUGCUGUUUGUGAGCAAUGCAAGUUUGCAGACGCAAAAUUCAAGCCUAUUGUACAUUCGUGGAUUGAAUAUCUAUCUUUGUUUAUGUUUUUACUUGGUGAACCAAUAGAUACAAUGAAGAUCAUCGCCAAGGACUAUUUAAGCAUUGACAUCGAGUUCAACUUACAAAAUUAUGAAAAGUUUGUUGAAAAUCACAGACAGCUUGUUAAUGAGCAAGCUACUACUUUUUCAAUGAUCUCGCUUACUCCUUUCAAACAAUUGAAAACGGUGGUCAAGAAUUUGAUUCCAAAGUCCGAUGCCGAAGUCAUUGCUAUUUUGGAUAGAAUCAAUACUAUUAUAAAUUCAGACUAUGAAUUGAAAUCAGUUGAAGAGUUACUUUUGGACCUGAUUUCAACAUAUGCAAGCUAUGUCAUGCAAAGAUAUAAUGGUACUGCCUUAGAUGGGAUUAACGAGUAUGAGAUAAACCUAUUAGAUGGUAAAUACUGGAAUUCAUUUUUUGUUAACGAGGAAGAUUUAGUUGGCUCACAACUGAGAUCUUCAAAGAAGUUUUUUAUCAUGUCUCUAUUAAGGGAAGUUUUCCUAGAAUUAUGGGGCAAGGUAAUGAAUUCCAGUUUCAAGAAAUCGUUAACUGAAAGCAUUGAGAAAUUAGUUCACUCCAUUAACUUAUCAGAGACAGCAAUCAAGAAAGUGUCUGAGUACAUUUGGGUUUUAUCAAGCGAAAAGCUCGUCAGUUUGUUGAUUUCCAAAGAAAACCAUCAGUUCAGCGAUGCUUUGCUAGAAGUUGCACAAUCUAGAAAGGUCAAACUGGAAACAUCACAAAUAAUCGAGUAUUGUAGAAUUUCUAAGGAUGUUCAGUUAAAGUUGUCAAAUAUUCAAUCGUUUAGAGGUUUAGCUAAUGGUGCCACUUUUGACUCAGACCAAGUUGAAGAGCUAGUUAAAUUGGCAAAAGAGUCACAUACAAAAGUCCUAUAUUAUAACAUACUUGAAAUUGUAUGCGUACAGAGUGAAGCUUACGUUAAGAAAAUUGUCCAAUCUUUGGAAACUGAAUUUGAGGAAAUCUCAUCUGAUAUUGAGGGAUAUAAAUUUCUACAGUUUUUAUCAACCAAAGACAAAACUUUUAGAAAGAGGCUUUACGAUAUAGCUGUUCAAAAGAUUGGAUUGAUGGUUGGCAAACAUACACCAAUUUCAGUUACAUUAAAUGUCUAUUUGCACACAAUAUCUUUGCACAUGAAAAAUGAAAAAUUAGAUGAAGUCGUUGAAACAAUGAUUGAACAGCUACUCUCAUUAAAUGAUGUUAGAAAUGUUGCUAGCUUGAUUUUCUCUCCUGAGAUGACAUCUGUGAUUCUUCAGUUAUAUGUUGAAGAAGAUGACAAAGCCAAUGUGAAAAAAACAUGGUUAUACCGUGCGACUCUAUAUAUCACCAAAGUAUUUGCUGAGAGUCAGGGUGAAGUUGAAAUUGAACCAUUCUUAGAAAGUUUAAUGGAAACGUUUAAAGAAUCAUUUUGGAAAUAUGUCCCUAAAAAUAUGUUAAACUCUCAGCUCGAGGUUAUAUGUUCAAGACCAUGGAUUAAUAAUCUGAAAGUAUUGAAAUACUGUACUUGGAUAGUGAGAACGGGUUCAAAAAAUGUCAUUGAAUGUACCAAAGUUUUCAACAUCUUAAUCAACAAUUCUAGUUUGGUUUUCAAUCAAGGCAAUGACAAGGAUGAAGAAAGGAGGUAUUACACUUCAGUAAUUCUUUACUUAUUAAUAAACAUGAAUGUUAAACAACUGACAACAUACGAAAACAUCAUGAAGAUCACCAAGAUGUACAAAGGUACAAACAGAGCAAGUGAUUUGGUGUUGAAAGAAGUAUUGAAGUUAAUGGAAAUAGAACAUGGCGAAAGUUGGAUUCAGUUUGUGUCCAACUGGGACUUGAUUGAUGAUUGGUUUCCAGUUAUUACUGACGGAAUUGUGGAAGUACCAGAGCUCAUCAUUGAUACACCCGGUAUUCCAGGUUGCCUGACUGUUAGUUUGUAUAAGGGUAUCAUCGAUAAAAGUGUCCAAUAUUUCAAUCCUGCCAAUAGAAAUGUGAAAUUUCCGGAAUUGAAGAAUACACUCAUCACCCAAAGAGAAGAUAUUGAACUACUGAAAGAGUUCUAUGAAUCCAAGGACGUGGAUGCACUUGAAAUUAACAACAAUGUUGUCUAUGAUAUUGAAUUUUUAUUACUAUUGAUUAUAAACAAUGAAGAUUUGUUUAAGAUCGUUGAUGAUAGCGUCAAGGUAAAUAUUCGUGCCUUAAUUGAUACAGGAUUAUUACAAUUAGUAGUAUGUGGUUUAUCCCAUGAAUCCCCUGAUGUUCAAGAAAUCAGUAGACGUAUUAUCAGUUCGAUUUUAUUGACGAUUGAAUUUGAUUUGAAAAUGAUGGAGCUAAAGAGAGAAGGUAAAGGUCCAGAAACUGAAACCGGUGCAAGUGUCUCUACAUUCAAAGAGAGAUCUGCAUUUAAAGUAUACCUUGGAAACCUACUGUACACUCUUGAGUUUAAAAAAUAUGUUCAGAUGGAAGAGGGCGUGGUUGAGCCUGUUCCCAAGCUAUUCUUUAUUUUGCUAUCAUAUUUGGUUCCAGUACUAGCUAAUCCAAGCCAUUUCCUAUAUGAGAAAUCCUAUAGGUAUAUUCUCAGUGGGUCCAAGUAUAGAGACUUUGAAAUUCCAAUGUACAAGACAAUCAUGGUCAAUUUUAUGAAGGAUGAACAUUCAAGCCAUGGAGAAAAGAGCGAUGAUAACGAUUAUUACAAGGAAUUACAGUGGAUGCUGAACGCUUUGGGUAAUAGCAUCACCAGCAACGAAGACUUGAAGACACUGCGUAGAAACGGCGUUUUUGAAGAACUCCUCAAUCUCUUGAACUCUCCAAUGCUGAACACCACAACGGUUGAAAGCAUUUUGAAUGUUUUCGAGAAGAUCAUCAAGCUAGAAAACGGAGCCGAUACUUUAAACAGGUCUUUUGGAUUUUUGAGCUUUGUUGAACUAAAGAAAGCUUUGUUUGAAGGGUCUAAGGGGAAACUGGGCCAAGAGAUGAAGAACCUUGUCAUCAAGAGCAUCAUCAGUAGUGACUGUAAUGGCAAGGAUAAAAGAAGCAGGGAAUGGUGUGAGGAUGACUUCAAGCUGAUUGUGAAGCGUGUAUGCAAAUAG